CCAAGAUGGCUGCUACAGUAAAUGAGCAUGGUUGCAUCUGUUGGAAACAUCGCUAGAUCUAGUCUUCAUUUAUUACUGAAAACUUGUAAUUCAAUUGUUUAAAAACAGUUUAUGCUGUGGACAACAUAGAAUACGUGGGAUACUGCACUGAACAUGUCCCUUUAAAGAUUGAAUCAGAUUCAAAGAUGUACCAUGGUGACAAUUAUACCAGAGACCCAAGUAUUCAGGUACAGAGGAUUGGUGUUGUGAACAAUGACUGCGAUUUCCAUCAAUGUCAGCACUGCAAAUUGGAUUUUUCAACACUCUCCCAUUAUAAUUUGCAUUUGAAAGAUAAACAUGAAGGGGAAAACCUUGACAUUAAGAAUCUAGAUUUCACAGUUGACACUAGUGAACAUUCUAAUCAGUUAUCUAAUUUUCAUCAGCUCCAUGGAAUUCAUAAAGGGAAAAAGCAUUGUAAGUGUGACAAUUGUGGUAAAUAUUUUACAAACCUCCAAUAUUUAAAAGUACACCUUUUAAUUCAUAUAGGAGAAAAGCCUUACAAAUGUGGCCAAUGUUGGAAAUGUUUUACAUCUCGUUCUGGAAUACGGAGGCACGUUAGAAUUCAUACAGAAGAGAAGCCUUACAAAUGUAGCAUAUGUUGUAAAUCUUUUAAGCACGUUAGUACUUUGAAUUCUCAUCAUAGAAUUCAUACAGGAGAGAAGCUUUACAGAUGUAGCAAAUGUUAUAAAUGUUUUAACCAUUUGAAUACUUUAAAGCAACACCAUUUACUUCAUACAGGAGAGAAGCGGUACAAGUGUGACCAAUGUGGUAAAUGUUUUACCCAGAUAUGUGGCUUAAAGCAACACCAUUUAAUUCAUACAGGAGAGAAGCCGUACAAGUGUGACGAAUGUGGUAAAUGUUUUACCACUUCGCGUAUCUUAAAGAAACACUAUUUAAUUCAUACAGGAGAGAAGCCGUACAAGUGUGACCAAUGUGGUAAAUGUUUUACCCAGAAUGUUAACUUAAAGCAACAUUAUUUAAUUCAUACAGGAGAGAAGCCGUACAAGUGUGACGAAUGUGGUAAAUGUUUUACCAAUUCGCGUAGCUUAAAGACACACCAUUUAAUUCAUACAGGAGAGAAGCCGUACCAGUGUGACCAAUGUGGUAAAUGUUUUAACCGGAUUUGUAGCUUAAAGCAACAUUAUUUAAUUCAUACAGGAGAGAAGCCUUACACAUGUAGCAUAUGUGGUAAAUGUUUUACUCGUUUGCAUAGCUUACAACAACACCUAAAAACUCAUACUGAAGCAAAGCCAUACAAGUGUGACCAAUGUGGUAAAUGUUUUGCAACUCUUGAUCAAAUACAGAUGCACGUUAGGUUUCAUACAGGAGAGAAGCCGUACAAGUGUGACCAAUGUGGUAAAUGUUUUACCCAGAAUGUUAACUUAAAGCAACACCAUUUAAUUCAUACAGGAGAGAAGGGGUACCAGUGUGACCAAUGUGGUAAAUGUUUUACCCAUUUGAAUAGCUUAAAGCAACACCAUUUAAUUCAUUCAGGAGAGAAGCCGUACAAGUGUGACCAGUGUGGUAAAUGUUUUACCCAUUUGUGUAGCUUAAAGCAACACCAUUUAAUUCAUACAGGAGAGAAGCCAUACAAGUGUGACCAAUGUGGUAAAUGUUUUACCCAGUUUGGUAAUUUUAAUACACACCUUAGAAUUCAUCAUGGAGAGAAGCCUUACAAGUUUUAAGUAAUGUGGUUAAUGUAUUACAGAUUCCUCACAUUUCAUUGAACAUAAUUUAAAAACCUCUACCCUAAAUAAAUCCAGAAUGAC